AUGCCCCUCAAGGACCUCUUGCGCGCUCGCUUUGCGAGCGCCAUCAACUCCAUCCCUCCCGGGACGUGGAAGGCGCUCGUCACCGACCACUACAGCCAGCAGCUCAUCGAUGAGGUGUACACCAUCCCCGAGCUCCUGCAGAUGAACGUGACCUCUGUCGAGCCGCUGCACAGCCCGCGCCAGCCCAUGACCGUCGACGGUCUCUACAUUCUCACUCCGACAGCGCAGAACGUGGAGCGUAUCAUUGCCGACUUCCAGGGCCGCCAGACGUACAAGUCGGCACACCUCUACUUCAUCGAUGCACAGCGGCUCACGGACACGCUUGGUCCCUCUGGUGUGCUCAAGGCGUUCACCGAGCUGUACUGCAACUUCUGGGCACUCGAGGACCGCGUGUUCGGCCUGCAGCACCCCCAGGCCUUUUACAGCAUGUUCGGCACUCCAGGCGGUACUGUGGCGCGCGACCUGGCUCUGGAGGCGUUCCACGAUGACAUGACCGUCACUGGUCGCACGAUCCUCAACGUCCUCACUACGCUCGGCGAGAACCCGUACAUCCGCUACUACCAGCCCACACACCACGCCCCACUCGGUCCUCUGUCGCUCCAGACGCCGUCGCCUGCACCUGCGGCGGCACCUUCCCAGUCGGCGCAGGCCGGCGGCAACUCGCUUCGUUGGCGAUCGGCCAUGGGCAACAUGCCUGGCAUUGGCGGCCAGCGCGCUCCCGAGGUCCAGGGCGACUACCUGUCCAAGAAGAUUGCUGUCCAGGUGCAGAACGAGCUGGAUGCCUACAUGGCCUCCAACCCCGACUGGCCGGGCCACCAGGACCGCUCGCGUGCGGUGCUCUUUAUCGUGGACCGUAGCAUGGACCCCGUCGCUCCACUCCUGCACGAGUUCUGGUACCAGGCCAUGGUCAACGACUUGCUCAAGAUUGAGGACGGCAGAAAGUACCACUACAAGUUUGAGAACACUGUCGGUGUCAAGGAGGAGCGCGAGGCGAUCCUUUCCGAGCAGGACGAGGUGUGGGUGUCUGUCCGCCACUUGCACAUGAAGGACGCUAUCGACCGCCUCAUGACCGACUUUGGAAAGUUUGCGCAAGAGCACGCGGGCUUCCGCGGUAACGCGGCCAACGUCGAGGUCAACGACCUCAAGGACAUGCUGGCCAACUUGCCCCAGUUCCAGACCCAGCGCGAGCAGUUUUCGCUCCACAUUGACAUGGCGCAAGAGUGCAUGUCCAUCUUUGAGAAGCAACACCUCAACCUGACCGCCAACGUCGAGCAAUGCUGUGGAACUGGCUUCACUGGCGACGGCAAGACGCCCAAGACUGUCGUCGAGCAAAUGGUCCCCCUCCUCGAUGACCGGAACAUGAGCUCGCUCGACAAGGUGCGCAUCAUUGCCUUGUACAUUAUUUACCGCGACGGUGUCGCCGAUGAGGACCGUCGUCGUCUGUACGGCCACGCCAACCUGUCCAUUACCGAGCAGGACAUGAUCAACAACCUCGUCAACCUCGGCGUCAAGGUCAUCAAGGGUGACGGCAAGUUCCGUGGAUCGCGCAUCAAGCAGAAGUUUGUCAACAGCGAUGACCAGUACGAGCUGUCACGGUACAAGCCAGUGGUGGGCAUCAUGUCUGAGGAGCACUACGCCAACCGCCUCGACGUGAACCAGUUCCCCUUUGUGCGUGACGUGCCAGCAGACGUGACAGGAUCCGGUUCACUCCGUUCCUCAAGCUACGUUCAGCACCCGGGUCUUCAAGCGCAAAACUCGGGUACCUCACUCCGCUCUGCUCGUCCGACAUGGCAAAAGGCGCCAUCGGCACGUGCAGACAACCGCAGCCAGCACAGGCAGCGCUACAUCAUCUUUGUUGCUGGUGGCGUGACACACUCGGAGAUUCGCCAGGCAUACGUCCUCAGCAAGCAGCUUGGCAAGGAGAUCUUUAUCGGUUCUACCCACAUUGUCACCCCGGAGAGCUUUCUCAAGGACCUCAAGUCACUUGGCCGCGGCGGCAUUGGCGGCAACCCCCCGAACGCGGCGCCUCUCCACCCCCAGGCGCCGGGCAGGCCAAACCGCAACCCGGGCCAGCCGAUGGCGUACCAGAGGAUCCUCGACAUUCGCCAUUGGGAGCCGCCUGUCGGCCCACCACCUCUUGGUCCUCCUCCGGGCCAGCAGAUGCAGCAGCCUGCAGGCAAGAACUCUAGCAAGAACUCGAAGCAGCAGCAGACCAACAGCAACCCCAACGUCGUCAACCUUAAGCAGUUUGAGAACAUGUCCAUCUCGGGCCAGGGAUCCUCCAAGAAGGACUCGUUCAAGGGUCGGUUCAAGAUGAAGUGGGGCGGCAAGGACUAG